AUGGUAAACACCAAGUGCAUGACAACCCUGGUGGUCCUGCUGCUUGUCCAGCUGUUAUUCCAGCUAGCCCCCCUGACGACCCACGCCAAAGAAUGGUGCAAAGCGAAAUUCGAAUUCGGAAAGGCAGACUACGCAGAGUGCCAGAGCGAAACGGAAAAUAUCGCCAAGUACAUGAUACACACAACCCCCGUAAUCUCCAACGAGGUGGAUCUCUACGCUAACGUCUCCCUAGUAAUGUCUAACGGGUAUGGACUCAAGACAAAGGAAAUCAACAUAGGAACGGAAGAAGAAGGACUGUUAAGCAAAACAUUUGCAGUGGCAACUGAUAUAGGAAGUCCAGAAUAUAUACACGUAAAAAUAAAUUCAACAAAAAAAAAUUGGAAAUGCAAAAAAAUUACCAUCUGGAAGGAUUACAAGUAUUGGUUUUUUGACUGCACCGGUUUGUUAAAUGAGAAAAAUCCAGAAGGGACUUACUUCCUCUCAGGGAAUAAAAUAUACACAGCAUUUGUACAAACAGGGAAAGAUGUCCAAGCAGGAACGAAUGGGACGGUAGACAUUGUCCUCCUAGGAAAUAACAAAAGGAGCAAUACCAAAGUGCUACACGAAGGGUUUACAUCUGGAGUGCUCAAAAAAAUAAAAUUUCAAGCAUCAGAUGUAGGAACCAUAGAAGACAUUAUACUCACCAAUAACGCUACUAGGGAUGACCCCUGGUACUGUGAUUUCGUAAAAAUAAAAAGUGACAAUAAACUUUACGUCUUCAAUGUGAAGAGCUGGAUUGGACAUCCUUACGAAAAAACGGUCAAAGUUAAUAUAAGGGCAGAUCACAGUGUAGAUGGUGGGGCAGCAAAAGAUAUCGACUGCCAUAUCAGGGGAAACGAUUUAAUCAAUAUGAGUAAUUUGCCGAAAGCAUUACAAAGUAAGGUGCAAAUAUUUAAAGUUAGAUGUCCACAGAAUUGCCAAAAUGCAGAAUUUGCUUCGGUGGAAGGUUCUUCCAUUCAUCCUUCCUCUACAUCUAUUUGUGCAUCUGCUAUUCACGAUGGGUCCUUAACCCCAAGUGGAGGUUCUAUCAUAGUCACAGUUGGAAGUGACUUGCACCAAUACCAUGCUGUUAAGGAAAAGAUAAAUAACAUUGAUGCGAUCGACCUUCUUACCAAAGUGGAUGAACCCAAUUUCUCCUUCUACACAUACCGUCUAGAAUCCAUUGAUGAUAUUAAGAGUAACGUCCGAAUUGUAGAUGCAUUUGGAAAACUGUCCUCCUUGGGGAGGUUAGAAAUUCGACGUAGUGACAACACAUGGGGAACUGUGUGUAAAAAGGGACCCAAUUUUACCUUCUCCGAUGAUAGUGCUAAAAGGGCCUGUGCAGAUUUAGGCUUCCCCAAUGGGGUGUAUAUUAAACAAAUGUGCUUCAACCUGAAUGGACAAAAUUAUUGUGCUGGUUAUAAGUACCCCUUCAGUAGUGCUGGAACGGUAUGCUCUGGGAAUGAAAAAAACUUACUUCAGUGUAAUGCAGAUGAUUCUUCGCAUUGUGUGGACCACCACGAUGACGUCAUCAUACAGUGCCUCAACCAGGGGAACCAGAAUGAUUUAGUUACCGAUGGGAUGAUCAGACUGGUAGAUAUAACUGGAGCACCCACUACCAACGGAAUUGGAAGAUUAGAAAUGUUCUACAAUGGUUCAUUCGGCUCUGUGUGCUCAGAAGGAUGGGUAAAAGAAGGAGAGAAAAUCGCCUGCCGAGAAUUGGGCUACACAGGACUAAAGGGAAACGGCUUCUCCCACCAUCCAUGCACAAACAUCGCAGGGGAAAAUCUAUGUGGACAUGAUGCAGAUAAAAUAAAUGCUGUAAAUGUUAAAUGCAAAGGGGAUGAAAAGUCUCUCCAAAAUUGUGCACAUGAAACGCACGAAGAUAUUUACUGCUCUCACGAUGAAGAUAUAAUCCUUGGGUGUUCAGGUGGGGAAGAAGAAGAUUACGAAAUGGGUAGCCAAGCAGGUGCACAAAACUCCCACCAUGUAAGCACAACUGUAGGACUUAAAAAACAUUUCCUAACAUUAGAGAAGAAAAACUUCCCACACAAAAUCGAGUUAACCUGCUUUGACAAAAUCGUGUCCAUAGCAGAUCUGAGCGCUGCACACGUGGGAGACGUUUUCUUAGCUAGCUGUCCGGAAAAGUGUGACGAAGAAGUAGGAAAUAUCAAAGGAACAUUUUUAUAUAGUUUUGAUUCACCCAUAUGCAAAGCGGCCAUACACGCAGGGGUGCUCUCAAGCAAUGUAGCCGAUGACCUCGUCCUCAUCAUAUCUCACAAGCAUCACAACUUUGUCGGCACGAAGCGAAACAAUGUUGAAUCGCACGAGUUUACUGGAACGUCCAAAAGUUUCAGCGUCAGUAUCCCAACCAGGUCUAUCAUCCAAGAGGAACGAAAGAGUAACCACAAAUAUGGAGAAGAAAAUUCAGACAAAGGGUUUCCGAGUAAUGAUCGGAUGGAUGAUCAACGUGGAGAAAAUUCUCUCUUGGCGCCCCCACAUGUUCAGAGACAAAAUGGGAGAAUAACCACAGGAGGGUUAGGGACUCAGCCAACAUUCCAGUGGACACCCCCAACAGGCUUCCCCGGAUUUAACGGAAAAGAAAACGAUUUCGUUAACUGCACCAAUUUGCCGAACGAGAAGUAUAUUAAAAGCAUGUCCAACUUUACCUUCAUCAUUUAUUUCACUCUGAGUGGUGGGGGAGGCAACUGGAGGACCAUACUAUCUCACAGCUUGUGUGACGGAAUCUCCAUCUCAGUGAACGAAGAAAAUGAAUUGAUAAUAGAACAGAACUGUAACCCCCACUUGUUAAAGAGCAAAUUCAAACCAGUCCUAGGACAAACGUACCACCUCGCAGUGGUAUUUAACAAAACGAACAAAAGUACCAACCUCUACAUAAACGGAAAGAAGCUCCCCAUGGAAAAGGCCAAAUAUGACUUUACCCUCAAUGGAGAUUUAAUCAUUGGCAGAUCCAACCAAACCACGACAGAUUAUUUUAUUGGAAGUAUCCACCUCGUUGAAGUAUACAAGUUUGUUUUAUCCGAUGAAGAAAUUAAGCAGUUGGCAAAUGCUGCUCUUUCGUUCGAUUACCUCAGUGGAGGCAACGACAGCAACUACAAUGGUGUGGGCAGAACAAAACGAGGAAAGAAAAAAAUCGGAAAGAACAGAAAAACGGUCGAUGGAAGAGAAUGCAUGACCGCGUGUAAACCCAAAAGUAUCAUAAACAAGGAGCUUCAAAUAAAUGGAGAGCAAAUCAACUUAUCCUGUAAGGAUGAUCUUUUGUCUCACCAGUUUAAUGGCAAAAUUGGGUCCCAGUUUCUGGUUCACUGCUCGGAUAACUGUACCAAGUCCAAGUUUAUUGUAAAAGGAAGCAACAACUACUACACCCCAGAUUCCUCCAUAUGCAAAGCAGCCAUACAUGCAGGGGUGUACAAACCUAACAGAAAAAAUGGAGAUGAAAAUAACUCUUUUAUUCUAAGAAUUGUCAAUGGGUUGUUUGAAUAUAAGGCAGCAAGAGGACACAUGGGAAUUGUUUCAAAAGCGGAAAGACAAUCUCAAUUAAGAUCCUUUUCGAUUUUCCCUGAAAAUGACGAUAACAUUCUUUCCUGCUCUUCUAAUGGAAACUUAUUUUUAAACUUACCUGUUGGAGAAAAACGAACAAUCAUAUGUCCAUCAGGUUGUGACAAAAUGGACGGUAAAAUUUGGGGCACAAAUGUAUACACUCCUUCUUCUAUUCUAUGCAAAGCGGCCAUACAUUCUGGAGUCUUAUCAAAUCAGGGGGGUCUCGUCGAUAUGUCUGUUGGGUCUGCUGUGGAUAAAUUCACGGGCGCUACGCAGAACGGAAUUGAGUCCCACUCAUCCGCUAGGCAAAGCCGCUCUUUAACAUUUUCCACCCACGCCCAGUAG